AGAACAGCAGGCGGCGCUCUCACAACCUUCUCCCGUCAAUCCCAUCUUUAUUCUGUUCUCGCGGUGUUUGACAGUAACACGCGGAAGUCAUGCUGUCAUUGUAAAAGCCGGUUUAGAGAGCUCAGCUGUUUUCAGUCUAAUAUUCUUUCUCAAACGAACGCAUUAAACAAAUGUAUCUGUAUCUGACGGCUCUAAAUAUACACAAAUGAGGACUUCAUCACCUGAAAGCCUGUUCUUCCAUGUGUGUCAUCUGCGUAACAUGGAUUCAUCAUUCACUCGUCGCCAGAGACAUUCAUUUAGCCUUAUUUAAGUAUCUUGCGUACUCUAAAUUUUAAUGUUUGUACUUUUUAAGUGAACGCUAAUACAAAUAUUUGAACACCAUGUAUAACUCUGAGAGGCUCCCUGAAACCAGUAUCGAUCAAAACCAAAGCAAUGGAUUCAAAAGUGACGUGACGGGGCAACACAAAGAGCCCAGUGAUUCUGUCCCGAGGAGGAGAGCCUCCAGAAGAGUCGUCCUUCACUUCGAUCUCAACAACACCAUCCUGGUGUCGGACGCGGUGACCAGACAGGGCACAGUCGCUGCUCUUGAGUACUUCCUGUCCACUGUGACCUGGGGCCGCAUGACCAAAGGUAAAUGGGAGUGGUUGUCAGAAGCUCCAUCUCUCCUUCCGCCUUGUGAAGGCGCUGUUUCAUACUACUCUCAGUUUGGCCGGGUGGCGGCCUUCACCACAGUGGGUCCAGGUCGGCGGUUCCGGAAGGUCCUUGAGGAGCAUCUGGAGCUGCUCAGCUGGCCCUCUCAUUUACCUGCAGAUAAAGAGCUGUCUGUGAAGGGAGAAGAUGGGAAGCUGUACCACUGGAUCUUGCCCUCCUUCUUCCAGAUGCUGCAGGACUUGGCUUCGCAGGGCAUCGAGUUCUCUGUCCUGUUCCGGACGUUUGGCACAGAUCUGCCUCGUGUCCUGGCUGCAGUCAAAAAUGCUGUGGAGCAUGGCUCACAUCCGCUCUUUCCUGACCUCCCGGCACUGAAGCUAAAGGUGAAUAUGAUGGCCGGACGCAUCAGGUGCAGUGUUAAAGGUGUGUCGCUGACCCGUGGAGAAGAGCAUGCAUCCACACGGGACGGAGAGCGAAGUGUGUACCAGUAUCUAAGCUCUGCUGAGGGUCUGGGUGGCUUCCAGGACAACUUUGACUGGUGGGCACGAAACACAUACUCCAUUUUAGGAGGAAAACCACUCUGGAUUGACCCUUUUGACAGCAAUGUUCAACAUAUCUUCAUUGACGACAACAUUCGUCAAAAUGACGAGGACACUAUUGUCCAUCCUAAGGUGUUUUUAGAGCGUGGGGGCUUGCAGACCCGAACUGCCUGCACAUCAGAGCUGUACGAUCUCUGUCUGGUUCAGAACGACCUGCUGAAGGCCAUUUCUGAGCCUGACUAUUUCACCCGACGCAUCCAGAUCUGCAUGGAGAACUAUGAGGGAAAUAUUCAAACAGUAUAGCCGAAUGAAGCUCAAGUAACACAAGUACAUAUCAAAUAGACACAUUAUGCAUUAAAAUGAUAAUGUGGUAAGUGCAAUGUGGAAAAACCAUGUCGGAUGUUCUCUGCUACAAUCACAGAUCAUAUAUAUGAUCAAACCAUCAUAUUUACAUCCUGAAUAACUGACAUAUCACAAACAGCACAUGCCAUAUUGAAUGUAGUAUUUUUAUUUUCAUAAACAUUGGCAGCUGCUUAAUAGUUCUUUUUUCUUACAUGCAAUUUUGUCACAGGUUUUACAUUUACCACCCUUAUUCUCAGGGUCUGUGAACAUUAAAAAUGUAUUUAAUGUUACAGUAUUUAUACUUUGAUGCAAUUAACAAAGUGUGUUUUGCAUCAAAAACUUAAAGAUUUUCUGAGAGUGUGAAGAAUUUUUUUUUUUUUUUUGCACUUAUAAUUUGAAACCAUUUUGUUUUAAGACAAGUUUGAAGCUGAGACUAACCAAAGCAAAACUUUUAACAUGUUGUGUUUCUUAGUUUACAUAAAUGCAGUUUAACGCACUUGAUGUUAAGUAAUGUUGCAAUUUGAUGCUAAAGUGUCAGCAUCUUCCUCUCCAGUUUUAGGUAAAUGUUGUUUUACCUAAACUCUGAUCGAAUUAAAAUAGAAUUAUAUUUUUCCUUACACUGUUACAGAGUAGAAUGUUAUUCUACUUCAGUUUAUUAUUGCGCUGUUGCUGCUUUUAGCGUGCAUGAUUUAAUCACUAUUUAUGAUUACUGUUUUGAAGCAGGUUACUUUGUUGUGUGAUUUACUACGGUAGUCAUUUGUUUUAGAGAGAUGCUACCGAAAUAAAUUAUUUGGAUUUUAUUGA